AUGUCUUUGAGGAAAGUUGCAGUUCUCGGUGCCGAAGGUGGGAUUGGCCAGUCUCUCUCCCUGUUGAUGAAGACCAACCCUUAUGUCGGUGAGCUGCACCUGUACGACAUCCGCGGCUCCCUUGGUGUCGCCGCGGAUCUGUCCCACAUCCCCACCCCCUGCAAGGUCUAUGGUUACGCCAAAGGGGAGAUGCACACGGCCAUGGCUCCCAUGGACAUGGUGCUGAUCCCGGCCGGGGUCCCGCGAAAACCCGGGAUGACACGGGACGACCUCUUCGGUAGUAACGCCAGCAUCGUCCAGGAGCUCGUGCAGCUCAUCUCGACCAAGUCCCCGGAGGCCAUCAUCGGGGUUGUGACAAACCCGGUCAAUAGCACCCUCCCCAUUGCCGCCGAGGUGCUCAAGCGCGCGAAGGUCUACAACCCACGCAAGCUCUUCGGGGUGACAACGCUGGAUACGGUGCGGGCACGGACCUUUAUCGGCGAGACCCUCCACCUUGACCCGAGGAUGAUCAACGUGCAGGUGAUCGGCGGGCAUAGCGGGGAGACCAUCAUCCCGGUGCUCUCCCCUUUCGACCUGACGGAGGAGCAGGUGAAGAAGAUCACCCAUCGUGUUCAGUUCGGCGGCGAUGAGGUCGUCGAGGCGAAGGCAGGGGCCGGCUCCGCGACCCUUUGUAUGGCCUUCGCCGCCGAGGAGUGGGCAAAUGCCGUCUUUCGCGCUCUCGCCGGGGAGCCAAACAUUGUCAUCAGUACUUUUAUUGAAUGCGAUACUUACCCAACGUUGCCUUUUUUCAGCACGAUGGUGGAAUUGGGCAAGGAUGGUAUCGAGAGGGUCCUUCCGCUUCCCAAACUUAACAAAAAUGAACGUGAUCUGCUCGAGAAGAGCAUCCCAACUUUGAAGAAGAACAUCGAGAGGGGUAUAAGCUUUGUAAGUAAUAAAUUGUAG